AUGGCUUCCAAGGGCCAUGUGGCCGUCGCCGCCAGGAGGAUACACGCCACGGCGCAGCAAUUGAGGCCCGCGGCCGCGGACGCUGUCGCCGCCGCCCCCGCUUAUCCCACGACGCACGAAAAGAUUGAGAAGGUCGGCAACACCCCCUACUUCCUCGACAACAAGUUCGUCCAGUCCACGACGGACAAGUUCAUCGACCUCCCCGACCCGGCGACCAACAACCUCGUCACCCGCGUGCCCCAGAUGACGGACGAGGAGAUGAAGGCGGCCGUGGCCAGCGCGGAGAAGGCGUUCAAGGGGUGGCGGGACAUGACGGUCCUGGCCCGCCAGCAGAUCAUGUUCCGCUUCGUGCAGCUCAUCAAGGACAACAUGGACCGUCUGGCUGCCAGCAUCACCCUGGAGCAGGGCAAGACCUUUGCGGAUGCCAAGGGAGACGUCCUCCGCGGUCUGCAGGUCGCCGAGGCGGCGUGCGGUGCGCCCGAGCUGCUCAAGGGUGAGGUGCUCGAGGUGGCUAAGGAUAUGGAGACGCGCACGUACCGUGAGCCAUUGGGUGUCACGGCUGCCAUCUGCCCCUUCAACUUUCCUGCUAUGAUUCCCUUGUGGUGCAUCCCCAUCGCCACAAUCACCGGCAACACACUCAUCCUCAAACCCUCUGAGCGCGACCCUGGCUGUGCCAUCAUUCUUGCUGAGCUCGUGCAGAAGGCUGGUUUCCCCCCAGGCGUGGUGAACAUCAUCCACGGCGCCCAUCGCACCGUCGACUUCAUCCUCGACGAGCCCGCGAUCAAGGCCAUCAGCUUCGUUGGUGGCAACAAGGCCGGCGAGUACAUCUUCUCGCGCGGUUCGGCCAAUGGCAAGCGCGUCCAGGCCAAUUUGGGCGCCAAGAACCACGCCGCCGUGCUGCCUGACGCCAACAAGAACCACUUCCUCAACAGUGUGGUGGGCGCCGCUUUCGGUGCCGCCGGUCAACGCUGCAUGGCCCUCAGCACUCUGGUCAUGGUUGGCGAGACCAAGGAAUGGCUGUCCGAGGUCGCCGACCGCGCUAGGGAUCUGCAGGUCAACGGCGGCUUCGAGGCGGGCGCUGACCUCGGUCCCGUCAUCUCACCCCAGAGCAAGCAGCGCAUCGAGCACCUCAUCUCGACCGCCGAGAAGGAGGGUGCCACCAUCCUCCUGGACGGCCGUGGCAAGGUUCCUUCCAAGUACCCCAACGGCAACUGGGUCAGCCCUACCAUCAUCUCCAACGUCACCACGGACAUGACCUGCUAUAAGGAGGAGAUCUUUGGGCCGGUCCUGGUCUGCCUGAACGUGGAUACGAUUGACGAGGCGAUUGACCUGAUCAACAAGAAUGAGUACGGCAACGGCACGGCCAUCUUCACGCGCUCCGGCGCCACGGCUGAGACUUUCCGUCGCAACAUUGAGGCUGGGCAAAUUGGCAUCAACGUGCCCAUUCCCGUGCCGUUGCCCAUGUUCAGCUUCACCGGCAACAAGGCCAGCGUCGCCGGUGGCGGUGCCAGCACCUUCUACGGCAAGCCCGGCAUCAACUUUUACACGCAGCUCAAGACGGUGACGGCCAUGUGGUCGGGCGCGGAUGCGGUUGCGAAGAAGGCGAGCGUGCACAUGCCCACGUUGCAGUAG